AUGAACCUCCUGGACUACCCCAUCCCAGAGCUGGAUGUGACCCUGCAGGAGGUGGGCCGUGUGCUGCAGCUCACACUGCCUCCUGACCUGUACCUGGAGUAUAAGAGCACACUCCACCAGCAGAGAGAGCUACUGCAGGACAUCCAGCAGAAGCUGGGCUGCAGAGCGGCCGGUCAGGAGAACUGGGUGACAGAGCAGUUUAAGAAGGCCUUACUGUCGUGUGAUGACCCCCUGCCCACCUCCACCGCUCUGCCUGUGGUGCUGCUGCCCUCCAGAAAGAGCUGCUCUCAGCUGAGCAGGGCCGCUGCACUGCUGUGGGCUGCAGCCACAGUCUGCACCGAGCCCAUGCUCCUGGAGGGAAACGCAGCCACAGAACGAACACAACAGUCUGAGGCCUUCUCCUCCUGCAGGCUGCCUGGAGCCGCACAAGACCAGUUCAAGGUUUACCCGGACAGCCUCCAUGCCAUCGUCACCUGUGCAUCUGGAGUGUUCUCUGUGGACAUCCUGAAGCGUCCCCGUCCUGGGGGGCCCCUGUGUCCCUGCUCUUUCAGUGACAUCUACAGUCAGCUGGCUCAGGUGCUGGCUCAUCCCCGCACUGAGGAACACAGCGGGGCUUUGACGGUCUGUGGUCUGUCCAGUCUGGAGCGUAAGACCUGGGCUGGCAUCAGGAAGAAGAUCCUAGGACAGGGGCCUGAGGCCGCAGGUGCCCUGGAGCUCAUGGAGAGUGCUGUGCUCACACUCAGCCUGGAGGACAGCGAUGCCCCUUCAGAGCUGGCCAACAUCCUGAAUGCAGUGAGGCUGGGAGCAGAGGGAGCGCCCUGCCUCAGAUACUACGACAAAGUGACUAACCUGGUUGUGUUCCGGGACAGCACAGCUGGGAUGUUGUUCGAGCACACAGGAGUAGACGGGAUGGUGGCCUGUCUUGUGACUGUGGGGGUUUAUAAUCUGUCUGAGACUGUAGAUUUCAGUCAAGUCAAUGGUGACACUCAAAACAUGAAUGGAUGUGCCACUCCUCUUGUUCCAUCGUCUUUAAAACUGUCCUUGCAAGGCGUCAAACAUUCACAACCAAGUCCAAACCAAAAAAUCACUUACCCCAUUCUAUCUUUCGACCUGCCCUCCUACCCUGAUGCCCUUGCCACCCUCAGUGAAUUCAGAGGCAUGUUUGAUGCUUGGAUCACCUUCUCGCUGCAGCUCUCCCUGAGACAGACUCACGGAGAGUCUGCUUUCAAACACAUCCUGGUCACGCCCACUCAUAUGCGCCACUACAAACAUGGCCGAUGUGACCCCACCUACUCCAUCACCAGUCACUCACGCCGGUUGAUUGAUGCGAUAGUCUCCCGAAUGAAGACAGAGAAAGAACUCCAGUGUAGCUCUGAGCUCUUACAGCUGUUCCAUGUUGCGUUUCUGGAGCACAAAGCCCUGAUCAAAAACACAAAGAACGGUCGAGGUGUGGGCCCUCAUCUGGCUGCUCUGCGGAGGUCCCUGCCCCCGGACAAUCCUCUGAGGAGGUUCUUCGACCCUUUCGGCUGCCCCUCUGUGUAUCUCUCUGGGACACUGCUGGACGGUGUUGAGUGCACUGUCGGCAACGUCUAUGCUCAAAACCAACUAUCGGUGACAUACUUUGGAAAGAAAGACAAAGUUCGCAUCAUGCUCAACGCAAAAGGGACAUUCACACACACCUUAGAGAACCUUAAGGAAAACCUGAAAUCAAAUCUGAAGUUACUCCAGCUCAUAGCACUUAAGUAUUCCAUUGCAGCUCAGAUGGGUGCACUCGACUCUCUCCUGCAGAAAAGUCAAACUGAUCAAAUGAACGGAGAUAUUUUUUACACUGAUAGUUCCAAAGUUGGCCGUAGCAAUCAUAAAUCUCCUGGCUACACCAUGAUAAUCCAUGGAGGUGCCGGAGAGGACAUGAUGCUGAAUCCCUCGGUCGUUGGGGUAAUUGAAUUUGCUUUAGAGAUGGCUUUAAAUGUUGGCUCUCAGGUUCUUCAACAAGGUGGAAAGAGCAUAGAUGCAGUGCAGAAGUCAGUGGAAGCGCUGGAGAACUGUUUCUUGUUUAAUGCUGGAAAAGGCUCCGUAUUCAACCAGGAAGGCAAGCACGAACUGGAGGCUUGCAUUGUAGAUGGCAGGACAAUGAAGUCUGGAUCAGUUGCGUGUGUAGAGAAUAUUAAGAAUCCCAUCAAAGCAGCUAGAAGUGUUAUGGACCGAUGUCAGCAUGUUUUUCUUGUAGGGCAAGGGGCAGAGGAGUUUUGGCAAGGACAGGAGGAAAGGGACAAGCCAGUCGAGUCAAAGUACUUCCACACAUACACAAGGCACGUACAGUUCACUGCAAACCUCAGCAGUGGCAACAACCAAAAGAAUAACCACCCUCAAACUGUGGGUGCGAUAGCUGUAGAUUUCAGGAAAGAUCUAGCUGCAGCAACCUCAACAGGUGGGCUGGUAGGAAAGUUAAAGGGGCGAGUUGGAGAUACAGCAGUGGUAGGAGCAGGUGUUUAUGCAGAUGACAGUUUAGCUAUCUCCUGCUCCGGAGAUGGCGAUGUAUUUCUCAGACAUUCAGUUGCACAAAAAAUCGCUAGCCUUUACCACCACAAAGGGUAUGGUCUCAGACAGGCGUGCAGAGAGGUGAUGGAUGAGAACUUGAAAGGAGUUUGUGCUGGAGUGAUAGCUCUGGAUCGGAAGGGUGGGGCUGUGGUCGAAACCAAUGCUGGUGUGAUGUUUGUCGGCUCCAUGAUAAACGGUGUACCGCGAGUAGAGGUGCUUAGACCAAUGAAAACUGUCUCACACUCCAUUUGGGAAUCAGAUGAGUUAGUGGCCUACUUGCACCCCAAACCUUGGACACCAGGUGCAACUAUUCUGACCAGAAAAGCCUUGAGCGGGACUGAAAGCCUUUUCCGCUCUCCUCUGGCUGACUAUGUGAUCAUGCUUGAAGGGGCCAAAACAGUUUCUAAGCUUCUGUGUCAGCAGUUAGCAGUCCAGCGCUGUUCUCUUGUGUUUUACCCGUCACCAGAUCACCCAGCUCAAAUCCGGCUGCUGCCCCUGCACGGUGCCUCACCCAAAUGGCAGCCUCAUCUUGCAGCCACCGAAGAAUACAACACCUGUGACACAGGCGUUUGCACAUCCAAAAAUGGACCUGAGUGGACCACUGAAGAACUAAGCAAAGUCCAAGCUAAGAUAAGAAAUGGCUUACCUACGCCAAAUGCCCCACCGUGCUUUGACUUCCAUGGAGACCCCAAUCAUAACAACUUAUUCAGCCGAAUAGUCCGCGGGGAGCAGCAGCAGUGGAGAGUCUGGGAGGACAGCGAGCAUGUGGCGUUUCUGACCCCGUACCCAAAUAGUCCAGGGGUCACAGUUGUGGUGCCACGAAAACCCCUUCCCAGCGACAUAUUCAGCCUCGAGAACGCAGACUACAAGGGACUGAUCUCAGCGAGUUAUAAAGUAGCCAAGCUUAUCCAAGAAGGGAUGCAAGCGCGAGGGGUGGCCAUGAUCUUUGAAGGGUAUCAGAUUGACUAUGCCCAUGUGAAGCUGACUCCGCUGCUGUCUGCUCCAAACAGUAACAAACAAGACAAAGUGCAGCCGGAGUCCUUCAAAGCGUAUCCUGGGUUUGUAUCAUCAGUCGAUGGUCCGAGUGUGGAUGAGGAGACCCUAAAAGCAACUCACGCAAAGAUUACCCACUGCAGACCUCCACAUUCCUGGCAACAGCCUCAGUCUCAUGCAACCGUGGCCAUCAACAGCAACUGGUACCGCAACCUCUUCCAAAUCCAAAACACGCUCUUCCACAGCACAGUCGAGUAUUUCCACAAAAACUGCCAGUACUCGUACGCCCUCACACCUUUGACAACUGACUCCAUCUCUUCUCCCAUGGGUCUCGGCUCAGACUCUGAACCUGUGUCGAUAAACCUUUUGGGACAUGAUGUUUACCUGGCAGACUCUAUGCAGUUUGUACUCGAGUACUUCCUGCGAUUCCAAGAGGAUCUUCCUGGGGCGUACUAUAUCUCUUCCAGCUUCAGAGGGGAGGAUCCAGACUCCACACACUUGAACCAGUUCUACCAUGUGGAGUGUGAGCUGCUGGGCAAUAUGGAUCGUGCCAUUUCUGUGGCGGAGGGAUAUGUCGCUUAUCUGACCGCGGCGAUGCUGAAAAAGCACUCUGACAUCAUCAUGAAGGUGGCGGGCAGCCUCUCCCACGCCACGGCUUUACUCAGUCAGCUGGAGGGAGGAACUCCGCUUCCAAGAGUGACGCUGGAUGAAGCUAUUCCCAUGAUGCCGUCGGCGGACUGCCUGGAGUGGGUGCAGGAGGGCCAGCCACAGUUCGGCCGAAAGCUGACCCGGAAAGGAGAGCAUGUUCUGAUGGAGAGGUUGGGUGGGCCGGUGUGGCUGACGGAGAUGGACCACCUGGCUGUUCCCUUCUACCAGGCGUACGUGGAGGGCUCUGGGAGAAGCAAGGCCAAAGCUGCAGACCUCCUACUGGGACUCGGAGAGACGGUGGGACUCGGAGAACGUCACACCCUGCCUGCCACAGUCCAGGAGGCCCUCAGACACCACGCUGUGCCCGAGGACUCGUACAGAUGGUACCUCAGCAUGAGGCAGGUGCAGCCCCUCCUCACCAGUGGGUGGGGCAUGGGUACAGAGCGGUACCUGUGCUGGCUGCUGCGCCACAACGACAUCCGAGACAUGCACAUCAUCCCACGCAUGAAAGGAACAAAGUACAUGCCCUGA